CCGCCGCAGAGCGGGGCUCCUGCGUCCCGACGGUGCGCGGCUGCCGGACCGGGCUGGCUGGCGGGCGGAGCCGGGUCCGCGCGGCUGCUGCGGGGCGAUCGGGCCGGGUUGCGGGCGGCGCCAUGGGCUCUCGUGUCCAGCCUGGGUUCCAGCCUCACUGAGCUGUCCCCACCCAAGGCCUUCCUGCGGAGAAAGCCUCCCCAAGCGCUGACCAUGUCUAUUAUGGACCACAGCCCCACCACGGGCGUGGUCACGGUCAUCGUCAUCCUCAUCGCCAUCGCCGCCCUGGGGGCCUUGAUCCUGGGCUGCUGGUGCUACCUGCGGCUGCAGCGCAUCAGCCAGUCGGAGGACGAGGAGAGCAUCGUAGGGGAUGGCGAGACCAAGGAGCCCUUCCUGCUGGUGCAGUACUCGGCCAAGGGACCGUGCGUGGAGAGGAAGGCCAAGCUGACCCCCGGCGGCCCGGAAGUCCAUGGCUGAGCCGAGAUGCGCAGGCUCCUGGGCCUGUUUGCAUCCAGCCGAGAGGCGCGGGAGGGGCGAGACCACAGACAUGCUGCUGUCUGAGAGGAAGGGUUGACGCUCGCUGGCAUGGCCUCGCUGGGCUUCGUCAUCGCAUGCACUGACUCCCGGGGUCCUGGCUGUCCCGAGCUGGGGCUCGGUGGCCCUGGGCAUCCCCUCGGCCUCCUGGUGGGGCUGCCCAUUGCAGGCAGUGGGCAGGCCUGACCUUGCUGGGGCUCAUGGCCCUGUAGCGCUUUUGUUACUUGAAUGUUUAGCUGAGCCUGUUUUUGAUGGAACUACUACUGUAACGCGUGAACUCACAAGCCUGUGAACUGUAAAUAGGCCCCAGAAGCACGUGCUUAAGCCUCUUUUGCUGAUUUUUAAAAAUAUUGUAUAGAGCACAUGGGACUGUCUGUACGAGCGCUGAGCUGAGUCAAGGCUGUGGGGGAGGGUCUUAGACUUGUAAGGCCCACGUUGCACUUGGCAGGGGUCUCUGAUUAACACGUGUAUAUGUAGAGGACGUGACAGGUCAGUUGUCAGCCUGGCAGCUGACCUGUUGGGGCGCUUUGGCAGUCUCUGCUUUGUGAGCAAUGGAUGGAGAAGCAGCACGGCCCCCCAGCCCCCACACCCCUUUUCUCUAGGUAGAUUAGGUCGUUAGAGGCCAGUUCCUAUUGCUAGUGGAGUUACUGCAAGGAAGCCACUGCAGCUGCUUGGGAGCCAGUGAAGGACGAGUCAGAGCACGAGCCCUGAGGGCUGCCAGGCAUCCUAGUGGCAGAGCAGUUUCUGGCCCCUGUGGUCUUGAGCAUGCUGAGCACCCCAUCCCCACCCGGCUUUACUUAGGGCAGGCUUCGCUGGAAACACCAGAGCCUCGGCGGCUGCCUGUAUCUGUAUCCGAAACCCAACUGGCCCGGGAAAGAAAGUUGUUUUUUUGUUUGUUGUAUUUAAUACUUUCUGCACUGGAGGGGUGGGGGAGGGGACUUGGUUUCUUCCCCCUUCCCUUUUCACAAAUUAGCUUCCUUUCCUCUCAGAUUACCACCCACUUUCCUCAGCGGGCCAGCCAGAAGGAGGGGCCCCUGACUCUGCUCUAGGAGCGCCAAGUGCAGGGGAAGAUCAUUUCCCAAGUGCAUGUGGACGCGGGAACCCCCAGCAGCCUAGUGGGCGCCCAGGGGAGGGUUGGGGGAGAGUGUGUUUCAGGUUCAGGACUUGGUGUUUUGCAAAGAUGAGUUGGUGGCUCUCGGUCAGGCCAGUGACCCCCACUCCCACCCCUGCCCUGCAUCUCCAAGGUGUCCCCUGUGUAUACUUCAGUGAACUCGCUUAGGUUUUUAAUUCUACCACUGUAAGCGCAUCCUUAACUGUCAUAAUUAAAACAUGAUUUGUGUCGGCAUCCUCUGUAAUAAGCUGAGCCGCAGAGUGCUGGCCCAGAGCACCUGAACCACCUGCCAGCAGUAUGGGCAGGGAGUUCCUAGGUGGCCUGGGGCUGCCCACUAUGCCCCUCUCUGACCCCAUAACUCUGGCUUCCUGCUCAGGCUGAAGGCAGCUCCUCUGGCCUCAUCCAAAUCUCCUCUAAAAAGCAUGCUGAACUAAUCUGCUUUCUAGAACCCCUAGGAGGGAGCUUAGGGAACACUUAUUUUAGCAGCUUACCCCUGAAUUAAGAGUCAAACAUUCAGGAACAGCUUGGGGGGAGGGGAGGGGUAGCUAGUUAGGCAAUUUGAGCUGAAGGCAGGUUUGAGAGAGCACAGGUGGGCUACUGAGGAAUCCUUAAAAGGCAGCUGGGCUUAGCACAGAGGAGCAAAUGCCUCUGGCCCCCACCUGGAGGUGUCCAAGCACGAGAGUGAGGCUGGAGACCAGCAGAGGCCCUGCAGGGUGGAGUGGGCAGGACACGGUGUGGGUGGGAGAGGCGCAGAAGUUCUAAAGGUGCGAACUGGAAAGUCAGGGAGAAGGUAUGCUUUCUAAUGAAGGACAUAAGAAAAAUGAGGAAGAUACAAGGGUGUUGGACCAAAUCCCCCUGAGUUUCAGGACUUCAGGCUUUCUACCUCUACUUUCUGCAGCCGGCAGCCGACACCUAAGGCUGUCCUUCACCCACGUAACCGAGGAGCUCCUGGGACUUGCAUUUCCAGUCCCUGAGCCUGACCCUGAAAAUGACCAUCGCUUGCCUGUCACAUCCGCCCUGAGCUGCUUACCGUGCCAGUGAAGUUUUGGUUUUGAGAAGAUAAAAGCAUCACUUUCUCCUGAGUUCCACUCCUGGAGGUUUCCUACCCACAACAUCUGUGCUGCUUGCGUCAGGCUCGUCAGCAUGGUGUCAGUGCCAGGGGAGGGCCGCUGGCGUGGCGGGACACCAGCGGGCGGUCUCUGGAGGAGAGUGGAAGUGCCUGCAGAACUGGUGAACAACCACAUAAUAGCUCUCACUGUUCUUAUUUAUCAAUAGCUACUUUUUAAAGCGUAGACACCAGAGCCACACACUCACAUGGCUCAGUUAAGUUAUGACCUCUCAUUGAAUUCUUUCUGAAUAGCCCAACUGUUGCGUCCACAUUUUCUGAUUAGUCAGUCAAGAAACUGACCUUUCAUCCUGCAUGUCACUGCAGAAGCAACAGGAGGGGAAUGGGGAGGGAACUCCGACACUGAGCCACUAAAAAAUGGACUAAUUUUUCAGACAAAUCCUCAAAUGGACUGUGCUACUGUUUCUGUCUCAAAGCUACCAAGUUUGUGCAAUAAGUAGAGGGGAUGUCCCUGUUCAAUAAAAGCUGAAUGACAUGACAUUCAAAUUGAUUUUCUAGACCACUGAGAAAAUCUUUAUUUACAAUAAAUUUCAAUAAAAUUUGCAUAAAUAUAUUCCCAAUA